GAAGCGUUAUUAAUCGUUUCCGGUUUCCGGGAACGACAAACAUUAGAUCCCGCGAGCAGCAUUGCUUCCGGUGCCUGGUGUCGGACAACAAGAGGAGCCGCUGCGGGCGCCAGCGCCGCCAUCAAAAGAACAGUGAACAUCAAAUGACAAAAUGAUACGACACAACGCAUAAGACACGGGCAUUUUCCUGCGUCCACUUUGUUGUUUGAAGCAGAUGUGAUCCCCCCCCCCCUUUUUCCUCCACGCUCACCGGGAUGGCUGAUGAUUCUGGUCGACUUUGCUUUUGAUCCUGUUUUUCGGGGAAGGAACGAACGUGCCUUCGGUGUAGCACGAGCUCAUUCCGGUCAUUUCCGUCUGGUCUCCAAGGAUAGCGGGAGCCACCGGAGACAAUGGACCACACGGCAGCCAAUAAGAGUCAGGUAUGGUCGAGCCAGGAGGACUGGUCGGCGAUCUCCAUGCAGAGCCCCCUCUUCAACACGCCGUCCGGCCGGGACCCGUCGCCGCCCUACGGCCACCCGCAGACGCCCGGCGACGGCUUCAUGCCCACGUUGGCGUGCGCGUCGCACGUCCACUGCCACGUGUCGCCCGCCUCGCUCUUCGCCAGCGUCGGCUUUGACCCGCCGCAGGCUGCCCAUCAAGCACACGCGCCGCCACCCCCCUCUGCGCGGCCCUCCUUUCAGUCUCCCUCAUCGCUGGGCUCUUUUCAGAGCAUCAACCAGGUGUCUGCCACUCACAGCCAAACCUCGUCGGCGCCCCCUGUGGCAUCUCAGUGGAUAGACCCGACGCCGUGUCGCGCCUCGAAUGAGUCUGCUCACGCCGACAACAAUGUUGCCCUUCCAAUAGCGGGGCUGACAACGCGCUCCAUGAUUUUACAUCAGCGCUCGCUCUUACUCAAGCAGCUGUCAGAGUUGGAGAAACUGCUGGAAUCGUUGCCUCCGGAGGACGACGUCUGCGUGAAGCCGCCCCUCUCGGCCCCCCAGUCGCCUCUGACCGCGAGCCCGUCGCCGCCGUGUCAAAGCGAGGCGGCGCACAAAAUGGAGGCGCCUCCGGAGGACGACGACGUCUGCGUGAAGCCGCCCCUUUCGGCCCCCCAGUCGCCUCUGUCCGCGGGCCAGUCGCCGCCGUGUCAAAGCGAGGCGCCGCACAAAAUUGAGCCGGAGUGGUACGCGUCUUCAGACGGCGGGUCGCCGCCACCGCCGCCGACGCCACUGAAAGCGGCGCCCUCGGACAGCGAGCGUGGCGAAAAGCCAGCAUGCGGUGGCGAGCGUGCCGACGACGACGACGACUUGACGGAAGACUCUGCAUGCGAUCCGGCGGACUCUGACGGCCGCUCUCCCGACUCGUCGGACCGCGGCUCCGCUUUCGUACCGAGCGACGACGGCGACGUGUCUGACGCUCUGUCGGACGCGGGAGAAGACCUCGGCCGCCGCUCGCGCGGAUCCCCCCGCGGAUCCCCCCGCGGCCCCGCCAUGUCCCUGCGCAGCAGGAACAAGGCCGACGCGUCCCCCGACGCCCGGACGCCGGACGCCGAGACGGAGUGGAGCCGCUUGAAGAACGUCAAGGUGCACGCCAUGAAGCAAGGCCAGCAGAGCCGCCAGCGCGUUUCCCGGCGCAACCACUGCCCGUUUUGCUCCGUGGCCGUCAUCAAGAUGUCCCGGCACCUGCAGCGCUGGCACGGCCACAAGGAGCAAGUGGCGGCCGCCCUGCGCUUCCCCAAAGGCUCGCGCGAGCGGCAGCGGCUGUGGAACCGCCUCAUCAACGAGGGCAACUACGCGCACAACCGCCGGGUGCUGAGCACCGGCAAGGGCCAGCUGGCGGCGCGCAAGAGGCCCCCCGAGCCGGGCCGGGCGCAGGACUUCCUGCACUGCCUCUACUGCCGGGGCCUGUACAUGAAGAAGAACGUGGCCUGCCACAUGAAGCGCUGUCCCGAACGGCGGCGCAGGAAGAAGGAGGGCCAGGCCGGCGCGGGCAAGGAGCGCGUGGAAACCCGCUGCGCCCUGGAGGCGGCGGGCCGCACGGCCAUCGGCGCCGGCCUGCGCGCCGUCCUCUCGCAGAUGAUCUACGACGACGCCACGCGCCUCAUCAUCAGCGAGCCCGUCCUGCUGGCCUACGGCGAGGACAUGUUGGCGCGCCACGGCGCCGACGACAGGCGGCGCGAGUACUUGCGGCAGAGCCUGCGGCAGAUGGCUCGGCUGGUCAUGGAGGCCUGGAAGCGCACGCCGCUCCGGCGGCUGGAGGACUUCUUCCUGCCCGACAACUUCCCGCACGUGGCGGCCGCCGUCAACGUCCUGGCCGGCUACGACCCGGCCGCCCGCACCUACGCCGCCCCCUCGCUGGCCAUCAAGCUGGGCUACUCCCUGCAGAAGGUGUGCCGCCUGGUCCAGGAGAGGGCGCUGGAGCGCGGCGACUUCGCCCUGGCCGAGGCGGCCAAGAACUUCCUGCUGGUCUACAGGAAGCGCUGGGCCAAGACCGUCUCCUCGGACGCCCUGUCGGUCCUGCGCGGGAGCAAAAGGAGCUGCGGGGAGGAGGCGCCGGACGCCCGCGACGUGCGGAGGCUCCACCUGCACGCCGAGAAAGUCCACCUCCUCGCCGAGGAGAAACUGGGCCGGGAGCCCGCCGCCGAAAGCUACGACGCGCUGGCCAGGGCCCUCCUGGCCCGAAUGGUUCUGUUCAACAGGAGACGCAGCAGCGAGGUGUCCUCCUUGCCGCUCGCCGCCUUGAAGUCGAUCAAGAAGCCCGACGCGGGGGAGCCCUCGCACCUGUUGCUGUCCGAGCUGGAGAGGGGCAUGUGCCGAGUCUUCAGCAGGAUGGAGAUCCGCUCGGCUUGCGGCCGCAUGGUCCCCGUCCUGCUCAAGGCCUCUUUCCUGCCCUCGCUGGAGCUCCUGGCGCGGGUCCGCGAGGCUUGCGGCGUCCCCGCCCGGAACCCUUUCCUCUUCGGGCGCCUGCGCGCGCUCAGCGCCUACCGCGGCUCCGUCUGCGUGCAGACCUUGGUCAAGGAGGCCGCGCUGCGAAAGCCCGAGGCGCUGACGUCGGCCGGCGUUCGCAAGCGCCACGCCGCCGCCUUGCAGCUCCUCAGCCUGGAACCCGCCGAGAGGGAGCUGGUCCUGGGGCCCGACAAGCGAGCCGAGAGCCUUCGGGGCGACGUCCACCCGGGAGGCGCCAGGCAGCCCGCCAAGUCUGUCGGCGAUUUGUCCGGGACGCACUCGACCAAACCCGCGGCGGCCCGGCGGGCGCCAAAAGUCGGCUCGCCGGCCGGCAAGCAGAAGUGGAGCGACGGCGAGGUCGCCGCCGUGGAGAGACACAUGAUGGCCCUCAUCCGAGACCACAAGGUGCCGCAAAAGCUGGACUGUCUGCGGUGCCUGGAGGCCGAGCCGCGGGCCCUGAGCACGCGCUCCUGGAAGGGCAUCAAGGACUACGUGAGGAACCGGAUCACCGCCCUCAAAAGACAAGGCAAGCCCCCCAAGCGCUGAUGCCCCCCCUGGAGUCGUUUCGCAGCCUCAUCUUUGCUUUUCCAGCUGUAAUUCUUGAUAAAUAGUUCCAGGCCUUG